GGAGGACGAUCCAUGCAGACACUGCUUAUUGCUUUUAUCUGAACUCAUCACGUUAUUACGUCAUGGGUGCUUCUGAUUCUCGACAAUGUGAAGUUGUCUUUAUGAAUUACAGCAGGAACUACACGCUGCGCAACGCCAGAGUACAUUUGGAGAGUGGACAAUAUGACACUGCUAUGCCUUCAACACUGCGCACUUCUGAAUAUGGCAGCGCUGUGUUUUCUAAGACGGCUGGCGCAGCGCGUGGAUGUGUUGGAGUCGUCACCUACGAUCUUUACAAUGAAUCUACAAAGCGAGCUGAUAAGAAAAUCGCUGGCAUGUUCUCUGUUCCUUUCGAUUAUAACCUGUACUACAUCUGGCAUGGAAUCGGAGUCUUUCCCAUCAACACACAAUGUAAUUCUUGUCUGUUUGACAUUAUGAAAAACAAUGAACAGCGAGGGUUUGUCAGAGGAAGAGCUGAGGGUCCCACUCUUACUUACAGAGAUAAUGAUGUUACCCUUACUUCCUCCAUCACAAACUGUAGUCGAGCGACUAUGACAGUGGAAGUGCGCAACCGAUAGUAGACAGUCUAAUAAUGGAGAAAAGAGAGUGAUGGGUUUUUGCUUUGUUCUUUGGUAUAAGCUUCAGGCGAUCAUUUGUUUUUAGUGGUUUAUCAAGACAAAGACAUUAAAGUGGCAAUUAAAAUGGCAUCGACAUUAAAACUAGGAGGUCAGUGAUAUAGAACCUCACUCAGCACAAUACGUCAGAAUUCAUAACUUAUUGUCCAAAAAGUGACAAAUAUAACCCUGAGCACAGUUUGGGUGAAGACCCAUUAGAUGAGUAUUGUAUGUAAGGUUGAUUAUAUUCAAACCAAUAGUGUGGGAGAAGAAGCAGUUCUGGUGUAAUCGUGAAACAGAAAACAAUUAUCAACAAUGAAGGAAAUUUGGAUCUUCUGUAAUGUGGAAGUCUUUUCCACAGUUUGACAUUAACUGCUAAACAGUGAAGAGGAGUUAAAACAGGAAUUUGGGAAAGAGUAUUUCAAAUUAUUCCUAUGAUUCAAUUGUUUCAUGCAAAAAUAAACUCAUAACUACUUUUGUUCUAUUAGAAGAAAUGUCCCCGAUACAACAAAAACUAUGUGAUGGUUUGUCUGCAGAUCACUGAAUAUGAACAAUAAAGAUAUCUGACUUUA